AAGCAUGUGGCUCUUCGGCCAUUGCUGUACAUCCAUGAUCGAGAGGGCCUUCUCCAGCUUGGGCAGCUUCAUGGUCUCUGACCCCACACCCCAUGACAUUGCUUAGCACUUUCUACUCUGUCCUACCCCCACCCAGCCAACCCCCCUGUGGCCCACACAUCCUUUAUGAUUACAAAAUACCUGCUUAAUGAGACAACCAUUGCUGCUAUGAGAACAAGGAGAAGGAAUAUUUUUAUUUGAAAAUGCUCUUACCAUUUAGAGGAGUAGUUCUCAACUGGUGGCAAUUUUGGGCCCCAGGGGACAUUUGGCAAUGUCUGGAGAUAUUUUUGGUUGUCAGCACUGGGGCAGGGGUGCUACUGGUGUUUACUGGUAGAGACCAGGGUACUGCUUAAACAUCCUGCAAUGCAUAGGACAGCCCUCCACCACAAAUAAUUAUCUUGCCCCAAAUGUCAAUAGCGCCGAGGUUGGAAACCCUGAUUUAGAGUGUUUUGGUGAAUAUUGUCCCACUUGUGUUAUUUCCUUGGGAGACCGUAUGCUAUAAUUGCAAGAAGCUUGGACUCUGGGGUCAGACUCCCUGGAUUAGAAUCCUGACUUCCCACUUCCUGGUAAUGCACCUCUCUGUCUUGGUCUUCUCAUUUGUAAAUCAGGAUGAGAGUGUACCCACGUCACUGGGUGGUUGUCAGCAUUGAGGGAGUUAACGCCUGUAAAGUUCCCUGUGCUGUUGCUGCCUGCUUGCCCAAAUCCUGAAGACUGGGGAGCAUCGGACUGAACCCAGGUCUCCUAACUUCAGAACCCACUUAUAGUCUCCUCUUCCAGCCACCCCCUCCCCGCCUAGAAUUUUCAGGGAAGAGGAACUUUGACAUUUGAGCUUGUCCUGGAGGGAUGGAAUCCUUCUCACUGGCCACGAGAGGCCUCACUUGUUAUAUCAUGCAGAGUCCCUCCCAGGUGUUCACGUAAAGACUCAAGAGGGUCAGGAGCGAGAGUCUGUGUCUGAAAUCACAGGGGUGAAAAUCCUGUGGAUAGUGGUCAUGGAAAGAAUAGGAUAGAAAGCUUGCACACAGCAUACUCUUACUUAGGUCGUUGUGGGUGUGCUGUUACCUCUGAUCACUGGCAUUGAUUUUCCUUCCUUCUUUCUACUUCCCUGCAUUUCCAGGGUUUAUAUUAUGAACUUGUGUUGCUUUUACGAUUGCUAAACAGAAAAGGUGCCCUUUAAAAUGAAGUAAAGUGAAGAGUGAAAGUUGGAGGGGUGACAAAUGCUAAAGUACAAAAUUCAAAUGAGUAAAACUUAAAGAUCUUAUUGGCUUUAUUCAGUGGUUCAUAAAUCAGCCAACAUCCCAUCUUGCAGAAAGAAAGAAGAUCUGAAGAGCUAUACAAGGCGAGAGACUUUACAGGCAGAGGAAGCAGGAACGAGGAAGUUGUACUAGGCAAAAAAGUGGGUUGGCCCCAGAGGCUCAUGAGUAGAGGAGUUGUUUUGACGGUUAAGAAGGCUUUUCAUUGGCCCAACAGCACGGGCUCCCACUCACCAGGAAUGAUCUAGCAGCCGCUGCCCAGUGUUCAGCCUGGCAGCAACAGAACCACUGCAGAGGCCCGAUGCAACAUCAUCCUUGAAGGAAACCAGUCACUUGGUAGCAGAUGGAUUGCACUGGACCUCUUCCACCCUGGGAGGGACAGCAUUUUAUCUUGGCUGGAACUGACACAUUUCUGAAAGCAGAUGGCAGCCGAGCGAGAGAAGGUUGGGGCGGAGUUCCAGGCUCUGCGGGCCUUCCUGGUGGAACAGGAGGGUCGGCUCCUGGGCCGCCUGGAGGAGCUGUCCCGGGAGGUGACACAGAAGCAGAAUGAGAACCUGGCCCAGCUUGGGGGUGAGAUUGCCCAGCUCUCCAAGCUCAGCAGCGAGAUCCAGGAGACAACUUGCAAGCCUGAUCUUGACUUUCUCCAGGAAUUCAAAAACACACUAAGCAGGUGCAGCAAUGUGCCUGCCCCCAAGCCAACCACAGUCUCUUCUGAGAUGAAGAAUAAAGUCUGGAAUGUUUCUCUCAAGACCUUUGUCUUAAAGGGGCUGCUCAAGAAGUUCAGAGAGGAUCUUCAGGGAGAACUGGAGAAAGAGGAGAAAGUGGAGCUGACCUUGGACCCCGACACGGCCAACCCCCGCCUCAUCCUCUCUCUGGAUCUUAAGAGCGUGCGCCUUGGACAGCGGCCCCAGGACCUGCCCAGCCACCCGCGCCGCUUCGACACCAACAUGCGAGUUCUGGCAUCCUGCGGUUUCUCCUCCGGGAGGCACCACUGGGAGGUGGAAGUGGGCUCCAAGGAUGGCUGGGCCUUCGGCGUGGCACGUGAGAGCGUGCGCCGCAAGGGCCUCACGCCCUUCACCCCCGAAGAGGGCGUCUGGGCGCUGCAGCUCAACAGCGGGCAGUACUGGGCGGUGACCAGCCCUGAAAGGACGCCCCUCAGCUGUGGGCACCUGUCCCGCGUGCGGGUCGCCCUGGACCUGGAGGUGGGGGCCGUGUCCUUCUAUGCUGCGGAGGACAUGCACCACAUCUACACCUUCCGUGUCAACUUCCAAGAGCGCGUGUUCCCCCUUUUCUCUGUCUGCUCCACUGGUACCUACUUGCGAAUCUGGCCUUGAGGGGCAUUGCUCGGCCUCCCUGAGGGGGUCAGUCGGUCAUGGGAAGGCAUGUUGCCCUCGGAUGGAGCCUCCUGGUCACUCUGGGUAUGCCCUCCAGACUCUUGUCCCAGGCUACCUUAGAGGGGCUUCUGCAGACUACAGCAUCAAAGACAUGAGAAUGGGCUGUUGGGGAAAAGGGCUCUGAGGUCAGUUGAGCAGGGGAAGAGAUGCUUUGGACCCUCCUGGCAUGUCUCCUGCCUGUUGUCCACGUGUGGAUUUGGCCUGAGCUGUGAGGAGGUGGAGGUGGAUGAGGACAGGAGCCCAGCUCCACCAGAGGUGCUUCCUAUCACUGCCCCAACUCAGCAGGGCUUCUGGUUCCGUGGAACAAAACCAAGCUCUGGUCCUUUGCCAUCCUCAGUUGCAAGGGGGGCAGGUUCUUGCCAGGCCAAUCAGGUUCAUGAUCCCUUCUGCUCUGCCUUCCUGUCAGCUGCCAGCUCUGCCUUCAGAGACCUGAAUCUAGCUGGCCUGACGAAGUUGUCUACUCAGGGAGGAUCACUGUACUUCCAGCUCAGUGGAGAGUUUGGGCCGGAACUGGUAGGAGACCCUUGAUCUGUACAUGAGGACAAAGCCCAGGGUAACAGCAUAUAGGCAUAGCUGCCGUCCAGUGUGGCUUAGCCUGAUGACAGAGUGUAUGUACAACACAUCCUUGGCCACAGUGACUGCUCCGUGUACUCAAGUUUGCCUAAACCCUUUUCAAGUGCCAAAGUACAGUCUCCCUUGGGUAAGGAGACCAAAGAUUCUGGAAUUUUGAAACUCAAGGCGGCACGUAUAAUUUUACAGAAGCAACUAACACCAGCAUGGAAAUGCACAGAGCACAGGCAUGCCCCUGACAGACACUUCCUGGAGCUUCCCAAAUGUAUGCCAACAGCAGAAGACCCUGGUGCCACGGCCUGCUCAGCCUGUACCCUGGAGGGUGUUAUUCCCUUGGCUAAUGGUUCCCCAGCUUCUCCAUGGCUGGGCUUCUGGGAGAGUGGAGGUAGGCUGUUCCCUGCUUAGUGUGCUCCAGGAAAGGGGCAUGGGGAGAUGGAAAUACAGACUGUGAGCUCA